AUGUCGGGGGGACUUCCGUACGGGUUGCAGUCCAUGCUCAAGGAUGGGCACAAGCACCUGAGCGGCUUGGAGGAGGCGGUGAUAAAGAAUAUCGAGGCGUGCAGGCAGCUGUCGAAGAUCACGCGGACGUCGCUCGGACCGAACGGGAUGAAUAAGAUGGUGAUCAAUCACCUGGAGAAGCUCUUCGUGACGAGCGACGCGGCGGUGAUCGUGAGAGAGCUUGAGGUGGCGCACCCGGCGGCGAGGUUGGUCGUCAUGGCGGCGCAGUCUCAGGAACGGGAGAUGGGGGACGGGACCAACUUCGUCGUGAGCUUCGGAGGUGAGCUCUUGGGUUUGGCGGAGGAGCUCAUUCGCGAAGGUCUUCACCCGAGUGAAAUCGUUGAGGGAUACGAAAAAGCGGCGGCCAAGGCGUUGGCGUGGAUGGAAGAGCUCGUGAUCGACGGGAGCGAGGUUCUGGACGUGCGUGACGUCAAGGCGGUGGCCGGUCGGAUUAAGGGAACGCUGAGUUCCAAGCAGCAUGGGUUCGAGCAUAAGUUGUCCGCGGUAAUCGCCGAGGCGUGCGUUGACGUGUUGCCGAAAAACGCGAUGAAUUUCAACGUCGACAACGUGCGAACGACGAAGAUUCCUGGGAGCUCUUUGUCUGAUUGUUCCGUCGUGCAGGGUAUGGUGAUUCGCCGCGGCGUCGAAGGCACGAUUCGCUCGGUUAAGAACGCAAAGGUCGUGGUGUUCGGAUGCGCCGUCGACACGUCUACGACGGAGACCAAGGGGACGGUUUUGAUUUCGUCCGCCAAGGAGCUCGAGGCGUACAGCAAGGGCGAGGAGGCGAAAAUGGAGGAGUACAUCAAGGAUAUCGCCGACGCGGGCGCCAAGGUGGUUGUUACCGGCCAAUCGUUCGGCGAGAUGGCGAUCCAUUUCAUUGAGCGCUACGGUUUGAUGGCUAUUAAAGUUCCGUCCAAGUUUGAGCUUCGUCGAUUGUGCCGGGCGACGAACUCGAGGGCAUUAGUCAAGCUCGGCCGCCCGGAGGCUGACGAACUCGGUUUCGCCUCGAGCAUCGAAGUUCGAGAGAUCGGUGGGACGCAGUGCAUCGUGGUCUCCCAGGACGAUCACACAUCCCGAGUGUCCACCGUCGUCUUGCGCGGCUCCACUGAGAGCGCGCUCGAUGACAUGGAACGCGCGGUUGACGACGGUGUGAACGCGGUCAAGGCACUGACCAAGGACUCUCGAACACUUCCGGCGGGAGGCGCGACCGAGAUCGAACUUGCGCACAGACUGGCUGCGUUUGGACGGAAGCAAACAGGAUUAGACCAGUACGCCAUUCAAAAGUUUGCGCAGGCAUUGGAGGUGGUUCCGCGAACGCUCGCGGAGAACGCGGGCGUGAACGCCACGGAUUGUGUUUACAACCUUUACGCCGCGCACGCUAAUGGCGACAUCAGCGCGGGCGUUGACAUCACUGGCGACGCGUCGCACAUCGACCUCGGCGCGACGCAAGGCAUCUACGACGUCUUCCUCGUCAAACACUGGGCCCUCAAGUACGCCGUCGACGCCGUUUGCACCGUCCUCCGCGUUGACACGAUUAUCAUGUCCAAGUUCGCCGGCGCUGGCGGCGGCGCCGCGCCCCCGGGCGAAUCUGAUGAUUAG